GGGAGCCGCAAACGGAGCCGCAGCGCGGGCAGAGGCGCCACCGCCGAAGGGGGCCCGAGGGCGCCCGCUUGGCAGUACAGCUGAAGGACACGGCUUGGCAUGUUACGAUGGAAGGACAGCACAACCACCCACACCUGGGAGACCAGAAUUUGCUCUGCAAAGUGGCGAGCCCAGAAUAUCAGCAUGACACACAAAGACACUUCUAUCGCUGCACUUUAGCAGAUUUUCAGAUUGAGAAGAAAAUUGGGCGAGGACAAUUCAGCGAGGUCUACAGAGCGACUUGCCUCCUGGACAGGAAACCGGUGGCGUUAAAAAAAGUGCAGAUAUUCGAGAUGAUGGAUGCAAAGGCCAGACAAGAUUGCAUUAAAGAGAUAGAUCUUUUGAAGCAAUUGAAUCAUCCCAACAUAAUCAAGUAUUUGGAUUCAUUUAUCGAAGACAACGAACUGAACAUUGUCCUGGAGCUUGCAGAUGCUGGGGAUCUCUCUCAGAUGAUUAAGUAUUUUAAGAAGCAGAAACGGCUCAUCCCUGAACGGACCGUUUGGAAAUAUUUCGUGCAGUUGUGCAGCGCGGUGGAACAUAUGCAUUCCCGCAGGGUGAUGCACAGAGACAUCAAACCAGCUAACGUGUUCAUCACAGCUACUGGAGUCGUGAAGUUGGGGGAUCUCGGCCUGGGACGCUUCUUCAGCUCUAAAACCACUGCAGCACAUUCCUUAGUGGGAACACCAUACUAUAUGUCCCCGGAAAGAAUACAUGAAAAUGGUUAUAAUUUUAAAUCAGAUAUCUGGUCUUUGGGCUGUUUACUGUACGAGAUGGCAGCUCUUCAGAGCCCCUUCUACGGCGAUAAAAUGAACCUCUUCUCCCUCUGCCAGAAGAUCGAGCAGUGUGAUUACCCACCUCUGCCCACCGAACAUUAUUCCGAGAAGUUGCGGGAGCUGGUCAGCAUGUGUAUCUACCCGGAUCCAGACCAGAGGCCCGAUAUUGGUUACGUGCACCAGUUAGCGAAACAGAUGCACCUCUGGACGUCCAGCACUUGAAGCCUGGCUCCGGCGUCCCGCGAGGAGAACCGUUCCCGGCGUAGUCUUACUUAACUUCUUGUCUCAGACGAAAACCAAGCGGUGCCUCAUCGAACUCAAAACAAGCGGCUUUUGAGUGGAGUCGAGCCGCCAAUUUAGGGAGAUCCUUCCACCAUUUCUGUACAGGCGCCCAGCGGGUGGAUCUGAUCCCAGCCACAGGCUGUACAGUGCGGCAGCCAGCAUGAGUUGCGUUGCCUCUUCCGAAAACGGAUAACAUGUUACCGAUGUAGAUCUCGUGUUUUGUUUUGUUGUUGUUUUUUUAAAAGAUCCUUUCUUCAAACUGUUUUGUGUGUAAUCUAAGUUAGGCUUUGUAAAACAAAGGUUUUCUGGUUGGUGUAUUUUUGACGUACCCCUUGUGUAUCUUUUAACGAAUGUGAAAUAUUGGGGCAAUGAAUCCCUUUGGGAAAAUCACUUUAAUCCUAACGUUAAGAAUUGCAAUAGAUUUUUUUUUUUUCGGGGAAGGGGGGAGGCGUAAUGUGUAUAACUGCUCCUUUGCUUCUUCUAGCAGUGGUUAUUAGCAAGUUCAGAUUUUAAGUUCGUGUAUUUUUUUUUUAAAAAAAACACCAAACAAGACAUCCGACCUGCAUUUUUAAUUUUCGUUCGUUAUUUCUCUCCGUUGCAAGAGAACGGUAUGACGGAGGAGGAGAAGACUGAAUUUUUAUUUUCCAAUAAACCCUAGAAUGAUUUAUUUUGCAGCGUGUGUCGUCAGCUCAGACCAGGCGGACUUUCAAACCAAAGGGAAUGUCAUUGCGUUUUGUCACCGUUUUUUUUUUCCCGGUUCAAGAUCGCCGCGGCCGGGGAGCGAUCUGACUACAGCCGCUGGGGAUACCGUUUUCUAAAGCCCAUCUCCCGCCAGGGUUGAACCCCUAAAUAAAAUUCAGGGCACUCCCCCCACCCCCCAAGGGCCUCGGAACCAAGUGUAAGUCCGAAGCAAAAUGAUGCUGAAUACCCAGAGCGGUGUGGCCUGCUAUUUUUUUUUUUUUACUGUGAAAACUCAUUUACCAAUGUGAAUACUUUUUAAGCAAGCUGAUCUGAAGGAAAACAAAACGGG